AUGGCACGCAACAAGAUGAGCGUCAAGGCAAGAAAGAAGCGAGCUCUUGCCUACAUGACUCGUGGACAGGCGCUGCGAAAAUUGCAAUUGCCUCUCAAGGAUUUCAGGCGACUCUGCAUCAUCAAGGGAAUUUACCCAGUUGAGCCGAAAAACAAGAAAAUAAAUCCCACUUCGCAGACGCGCACCUACUACCUGCGAAAAGACAUUCAAUUCUUAGGCCAUGAGCCAAUUAUUUGGAAGUUUUGGGACUUUAAGAUUUUUAUGAAACGCAUUGCUAAAGCAAAAGGCCGAAAAGAUGCUGAAUCUGUCAAGCGAAUUCGCGAAAAUAAACCAUUUUACAAACUGGACCACAUUGUCAAAGAGAGGUACCCUACAUUUAUCGAUGCCUUGCGAGACUUGGACGAUGCUCUGUCAAUGUGCUUUCUGUAUGCAAGAUUCGGCAAAUCAAAGCUUCUUCCGCUGGAAAUGAUUGAGCUGUCUCGCCGACUGACCUUGGAAUUUAUGUACUACGUUAUGGAGACAAAGUCAUUGCGGCGUGUUUUCAUCUCCAUCAAAGGCUACUAUUACGAAGCCAAUAUUAUGGGUCAAAACAUUCGCUGGGUCGUCCCGCAUCACUUUGUGCUCACUCGCGUGCCAGAUGUUGACUUUCAAGUGAUGAAAACAUUUACCGAGUUUUAUAUUACCCUUCUGGGCUUUGUCAACUACAAGCUCUACACUUCCAAUUCGUUUUGCUAUCCACCAAAGAUUUACGAGUCGAAAAGCGUGAAAUCAAUUGGCGAUGCUAAUGAAAAAGAUGUUGAGGAAGAAGAGGAAGCAGAUACCGACGAAGCGAUUGCCGCUUUGAAUGCGCCUCUGUUGGGCCAUCAAGGCAACGUUGUUCUCGACGAGCGACAAAACAUCGACAAUUUUGAAGGCGAAGAUGACGAACCGGCUAAAUUCGGUUCAGCCGUGCUUACUUUCCACCAGCUUCAAAAGUUGCAGGCACUUUUCGCAGGAAUGAAGUUUUUCAUCAAUCGUGAAGUGCCACGCGAAUCACUGUGCUUUGCCAUUCGCUCAUUCUCUGGCGAAGUGUCUUGGGACAAAACACUCUUUCCUGGUGCCACUUUCAGUGAAGACGACGAAACAAUUACCCACCAAAUUGUUGACCGAGAUGACGUGCCGAAAAAGUACCUGAACCGGUAUUACAUUCAGCCGCAGUGGGUUUUCGAUUGCAUCAACGCUCGAGCACUACUUCCUGUGCAAAACUACUUUAUGGGCGCAAAACUGCCGCCGCACAUCAGUCCUUUUGUGGAGGAGAAGCCGGGCGACUACGUUCCACCAGAAAAGCUGGCAAUGCUUGGACUUAAAGAUGAUGUCGAAAUGGAAGAAAGUGAAAACGAAGAAGAGGCGAACGACCAACAGAACGCUGAUGAGGAAGAUGAAGAGGUAAAAACAAAGUCUACUAAACAGACUAAACAAAAGGAUAAGGUGCCGGUUAAUGGAAACAGUGCCGAUGGACAGACUGUGGUUCGAAAGGGUCAGUUGAGCAAGGUCAACAAAGCCUGGCAAGAGGAGAAUCUAAAGAACGAGGAGAAACGACUGAAGGUGAUGAUGAUGCCAAAAAAGAAAAAGCAACUGUACACUCGAAUUGUAAAAAGUAUCAAGCACAAAAAUCGCGACGCUGAGAAACUGAAACGCAAGCGCGAUGAUUAUGACCAACAAACGAAGAAAUCGAAAAAAGUCUAG